CGGAUAGCUUAUCAGGAGGCUGAGGGGAGAGUUCUUCAUCGGUCCUUUUGAAUCCUGAAGCAAGUCACGUCCCGCUGUUCCCACCGGAGUAUUUGUCAUCGUGACCUUUGACAGCUCCCAGUAGAACAUCUGAAAUGUCUGCAGUUGGUCGACUUCCAGCAGCCCUUCAAGGGAUCGAUAUCAGAGAAAUGCUUGCUGGCGCAUCCUUCAUGGAUGGGGCAACUAGGACGAAAGUGGUGAAGAACAACCCUGCUGCAUUGCUUGCUUUAUGUUGGUAUUGGGCUUCUGAUGGUGUAGGAUCUAAGGACAUGGUAAUUCUUCCUUACAAAGACAGCCUUCUGUUAUUCAGUUGGUAUCUGCAACAAUUUGAUUUGGAUGGCAAACGGGUAUGUGUUUGA